AAAGCGUUUCCCUCUAUGUUUCUCUCAUCAAUAAUAGUCUAUAUAAACGUUCUUUCUCUAUCGCAUUUUUAAUAUCAAAAAGUUUCUCCCAACAAUCCUCUAAUUGUUUACUUUAAAAACAAAAAAAUAUCCUCUAAUUGUUUCACAAGUCAUGGCAAAACAAGUUUUUUUGUAUCUGUUCAUCUCCAUGUUUGUUCUCUCAGCUUUUUUGGAUUUGCCAAGUGUAGAUGGAGCGGACAUAAGAACAUGUAGUGUGACCUUGCCGCUUAGCAAGCCAUGCAGUUUUCAGGAAUGCCAACCUCUUUGUAUUCAAAAGUACAAGGGGAAUGGCGUUUGUCUCGGAAAAAACAACAGUGUUUGCAGUUGCGUUUUCAAUUGCUAAGCUUAAAUAUACUCUUGUCUAAAGUCAAACUAAACCAAAAACAAUAUACUAUAUAUUAAUAUUAUGGUGCUUUAAUUACCUUGACCUGUGUACUUGGAUUAUAUAGACCAUGUUGUCAUAUGAAUUAAAAAGAUCUUUAAAGACGUGCGGGAAAACACUUUCUACCUAUUUUUCUUCAAAGUAUAUCUUAUUCCGUA